AGGGUCAAUAAAGUAUGAAACUGAAUAAUUUAGCCGGUUUUCUUAUUCGAAAAAAAUAUAUAUGUGAAUUUUUGAAAAUAUUCACCAAAAUAUUUGGAUUUUACUCUAAUACCCUUAUAAAUAAUAAUAGGAAUUAGAAAAAAAAAAAAUACCCGAUGGACCAUUUAUGAACUUUACACAGAUAUAUAUUGAGAUCAAAAAGGACCAGCAGAGGGCAGUAAUUCACAUCCCUCGAUCGUUACCUCUCCUGCAGUCCUGCUAAUCCCAAAGCAACAUUCUCAAGUCUCGCCCAUAACAGUCAACACAACCAACACUCUUGCCACCAUGGUUAAAGCAAUUAGAGUUCAUCAGAACGGUGGCCCUGAGGUGUUGACAUGGGAAGACGUUGAAGUCCCCAAUCCAAAAGAGGGAGAAAUCAGGUUGAAGCAAAAGGCAAUUGGUCUAAAUUUCUUGGAUGUGUAUAUGCGUCAAGGUCUGCACAAUACGUCUCCACCCUUGCCAUAUACUCCUGGUAUGGAAGGAGCCGGAGUUGUAACAGCGGUGGGUCCCGGAGUAACCAGCUGCAAAGUUGGAGACGUCGUGGCUUACGCUAGCCCGGAGGUGGGCUCUUACGCCCAAGAGAGAAUACUUCCCGCAGAUCUAGCGGUGCCUGUUCCUUCUUCCGUUGAUCCCGUUGAAGCAGCUGCCAUCAUUUUUAAGGGACUCACUGCGCAUUUAUUGAUCCAUAAAGGCUUUAAAGUUGAACCUGGGCAUACAAUCCUGGUACACGCAGCGGCAGGUGGAGUCGGAUAUUUGCUCUGCCAAUGGGCAAGUGCGAUCGGAGCCACCGUGAUCGGAACAGUGUCGACCAAGGAGAAGGCUGUGCAGGCGAAAGAAGAUGGAUGUGAGCAUGUGAUUCUUUACAAAGAUGAGGACUUUGUGGAACGUGUGAUGGAGAUAACAUCGGGCAAGGGGGUGGAAGUAGUUUACGAUGGAGUCGGGAAAGACACCUUCAAUGGAUCGUUAGCAUGCUUAAAGAAGCGUGGAUACAUGGUGCUUUUCGGGGUGGCAUCAGGUGCACCAGAGCCUGUACCUGUUGUUAAACUUAUACCCAAAUCACUCUACUUGACGUUUGCAUCGAUCACAGAAUACACAAUUGAUAACCGAGAGGAGCUGCUUGUAGCUGCUCAAGACUUGUUUUCCAAUCUUGCAAAUGGAGUGUUGAAGGUUCGUGUCAAUCAUAAGUAUCCUCUGUCUCAAGCAACCCAAGCUCAUGCUGCUAUUGAGAACCGGGAAACAACUGGUUCGAUUGUGUUGAUUCCCGAUGAAGAGUGAUUUUUGUUUUUUAGAUCAAAGAAUUUGCAUGUGUUAAAAAUACACUUCGAUCGACUGAAAAUAAUUUUGAUAGAGUACUCUGUACAACGCCAAAUGAUCAUAAAUAGACGUAUUUAACAAUUACUUUUGAUAUAAUAAAUGUUUCUUUCCUUAUUAA